AUGGGGAUUCCGGCUGGGGACGGGCAAGUCUGGGAUCCUCGACGCCCAUGGGGUCUGAGGCGGGUCGAAGGAGAGAAGUCGGGCGGGGGUUCGUCGAGGAGGCAGUCAGUGGAGACCUCUACCGAUAGUGCAAAGGGACAGGAUCAGAAGGGCGAGGAAGAGCCGGUAACGGGCAAGCGAGACUCUCUGGAUGAUUUGGAGCCGAUCACAGUGAGGAGCAAGGGGAAGGGGAAGGAGAUAGGGGAGGGCAGGCCGUUGAAGAAGGAGAAGGGAAAGGCAAAGGCAAAAGGUCAAGGAGAGGACAGGCCUUCCUUAGCUCCACCUAUGAGCAUCGUCAUCUUUAUUGUCGGAUCCAGAGGGGACGUGCAGCCGUACAUCUCCCUCGCCCUCUCUCUCAUCAUCCACGCAGGCCACCGAGUCCGCCUCGCUACUCACCCCGACUUUCGCGACUUCGUCCUAUCCGCCAAUUCUCGUCUGAAGGGCAAGACGCACGAAGGUGUACAUCUCGAGGGACGGCUGGAGUUCUUCGAUGCAGGAGGCGACCCCAAAGAGCUCAUGGCGUAUAUGGUCAAGAAUCCCGGACUCCUUCCAGGUCUAGAAUCCCUCACGAACGGCGACAUCAAGCGAAAACGCCAGAUGGCAGCCGAGUACCUUCGAGGCUUCUACCGCUCCACCUUCUCGCCAGACGUCGUCUCAGGCAGGGAGUUCGCUGCGGAUGCGAUCAUCUCGAAUCCGCCUGCCUUUGCGCAUAUCCACGUUGCGGAGGCGCUAGGUCUACCGCUCUUGAUGUCAUUCACGAUGCCUUGGACGGCGACUACAGCGUUCCCCCAUCCGCUUGUCAACGUCAAGAAGUCCAACGCGGAUCAAUGGGCUACAAACUGGAUGGGCUAUCAUCUCGCCGAUAUGCUCAUGUGGGAAGGUCUCAGCAGCGUCAUCAACGACUUCCGAACCUCCAUCCUCCGCAUACCCGCCAUCACCUCCCGAUCCGCAACAAGCAUCCUCGACAAUCUCCGUAUACCAUGGACAUACUGCUGGUCCCCCGAGCUCCUACCCAAGCCCAAAGAUUGGAAGACCCAUAUCGACAUCUCAGGUUUCUACUUCCUGGAUAGUGAAGAGGGCUUCACGCCUCCUUCUGAUCUCGCGGAAUUCCUCGGUGAGGGGAGAGCUCCGGUGUAUAUCGGAUUUGGAAGCGUUGUCAUACCUGAUCCAGAGAAGAUGACUGACAUGAUCUUUGCAGCUGUGAAGGCGGCUGGUGUAAGAGCUAUCGUCAGCGCUGGCUGGGCGGGACUGGGCAAGGGCAGAGAGGAGAGCGACCCAGAUAUCUUCAUUCUCAGCAAGGACUGCUCUCACGAGUGGCUGUUUGCAGAUAGCAGGGUCGCAGCUGUCUGUCAUCAUGGUGGUGCGGGUACGACAUCGUGCGGUCUGCGACAUGGUCGUCCGACCGUGAUCGUGCCUUUCUUUGGCGAUCAAAAGUUCUGGGGAGACGCAGUACACCAUGCCGGCGCUGGACCAGCUCCUAUACCCAUCAAAACCCUCACCGCCGAGAGUCUCACCGCCGCCCUCGCAUUUGCGGUAUCCGAGCAAGCUGUUGCGGCCGCCGGCGUUCUGGGCGAGACGAUCCGCUCGGAGAAGGGUGAGGAGAGAGGAGUCAAGAGCUUUACUCGGAACAUGCCCGUCCGGGAACUAUGCUGCGACGUCGAUCCCCGUAAAGUAGCUGUCUGGAGGUGUUCGCGAUAUAGCCUCCGACUGUCCGUUGAGGCGGCAGCAGCGUUGGUAUCUGGGCAAAAGAUCAUGUUCAGCGAUCUGGAGCCAUAUCGUGCAAAAGAUUACGAUACAGUCAAGCACGUCCUCGGUCCUAUCGGCGGAGCUGGGAGCGGGAUCGGCAACGCCAUCGGGACCGCGGUCAGUGGGACGAGUCAGCUAUUCUACAGCCCAAUCCAGGGUACUAUCAAGGUGUUUUACGGGAUCCCGGAAGGUGAGUAG